AUUUCGAGGGGCACGGCGCAGGUCUUGCGACGGCGACGGCGACGGAAUCGAAUCGCCACGGUCACCGCCACUGCACCUUCUGAGAGUUUCGAGCCCAGCAGACGACGUGGGUUGUCAACGUACAAAUAUGGCGUCCGCAACGUCGUAGCGCCUAACCACGAAGUAUCCGAUCGAUUUCGAAAUAUAAGUGUCGUUUCAUUACGGAGGGGAGAUCGAGAGUAAUAGUUCUAGUCGGCGAGAUAGUCAGUGGAAGAUCGUCACUCCGACAUUCGCUUGCGCAUUUCCGUACGUAUACUAGCGUACACCGGGAAAGAAGGUGUAUCGUAACGCAAUCUGAUAAUCAUGCCCUUUGCGGAAGCGAAUGCGAGUGUUUCUUGAGGUACCUUUACUGAUGGAUGAUGAUACGAUCGCUUUUGGAGAGGAGGAAGAGGCUGCCCAGAAUGCCAGCAAGCUUAAACACCCAUAUGUUACGCUGUUUCACUUGGCCUUCAGGAUAGCGGCUAUAAUAGUUUACUUGCUUUGCGGUUUGUUUUCAAAUAGUUUUAUAGCAAGCUUUGUAACAGUGGUACUACUUUUAUCGAUGGAUUUUUGGACUGUUAAAAACAUUACGGGGAGAUUAAUGGUUGGCCUUAGAUGGUGGAAUUAUGUAGAUGAUGAUGGCAAAAGUCAUUGGAUUUUUGAAUCUAAAAAGGGUGCACAACAGAACCGCAUUAAUGCAGCAGAGGCGCGAAUUUUUUGGUUAGCCCUGAUCUUGUGCCCUCUUUUUUGGUCGAUGCUAUUUAUUGCGGCAUUAUUUAGUUUCAAAUUCAAAUGGCUUUUACUCGUUUGCAUCGCCAUAGUUUUAAAUGGUGCAAAUCUGUAUGGCUAUGUUAAAUGUAAAAUGGGCAAUGAUCAGAACAUUUCAACGGCCACAAGUGAUUUCAUCAGAAAACAAGUUUUUCAAAAUGUUACUUCUAUGAUGUCCAGAAGUCCACCAACGAAUAAUUCCAAUCAACCAACCAAUGUAAUAUAGAUUUAUAAAUUUUGAAACAUUAAUGUAUUUGUGCGUCAUUUAAAUUUAUAUUCACAUGAUAAUAUAUUUGCAAAUGUUUGUAUAUAAUGUGAUGAUAGACGGUAUCUUUUAAGUAUUAUAUAAUAAAUUGUUAUCAGUCUUCAC